AUGGCAUCUCAGCUUCACAAAACUUUGCUUUGUGCCACUUCCCUGCUGCUGCUCUUGCUUCCCCGUGCUCCUCUUGUGAUAGCUUCACUCGGAUCCCAAGGGAGGGCGUUGCUCCACUGGAAAGCCACUCUUAGGAGUCCUCAAUCCCUGAGAUCUUGGAACCUCAAUUCUAGUCCUUGCAAUUGGACCGGAGUUACAUGCAACCCCGUCAUAAGCAGAGGGCGUUCGGUGAUCACCGAGAUAUCACUGCCGAGCAUGGGCUUGGCAGGGCCACUUGAUUCUCUUGAUUUCUCGGCAUUGAGAUCGCUCCUCCGUCUCAAUCUCUCAUACAACCAACUCGGUGGGGUAAUUCCUUCGACCAUCUCGGUAUUUUCUAGGCUCGUAUCUCUUGAUCUCACUAGCAAUCAGUUCACAAGUAAAAUUCCAGUUGGGAUGGGCUCUAUGAAAAAUAUCCGGUUCUUGAGUCUUGAACAAAAUCAAAUUGUUGGUACUAUACCUCCAUCUCUAAGUAACCUCACCUAUCUUGUGUCUAUGUACCUGGAUGAUAAUAAGCUUGUGGGUGUCAUUCCUAAGGAGUUAGGGAGGCUCCACGAGUUGAUGUAUCUGAAUAUUGGGGUCAAUAACGUAUCUGGUUCAAUCCCUUCUAGUCUAAAAAAUUUAACAAAGCUCCGCUUGUUAGCUCUAUACCAAAAUCAGCUCUCAGGUCCUAUCCCUUUUGAGAUUGGAAACCUGAUUGAGGUUACGGAUCUCGACUUCUCAGAAAACCUAUUAACAAGUUCAAUUCCUUCUUCUAUAGGAAACAUGACCAGAUUAAAGACUCUUUAUCUUUGGGGUAAUCAAUUGUCUGGUUUUAUUCCUCUUGAGAUUGGAAACCUAAUUGAAGUUACUGAUCUCAAACUCUCAACAAACCUUUUGACUGGUCCCAUCCCUUCCUCUAUAGGAAACAUGACCAAAUUAAAUACUCUUUAUCUUUGGGGUAAUCAAUUGUCUGGUUUUAUUCCUCUUGAGAUUGGAAACCUAAUUGAAGUUACUGAUCUCGAACUCUCAACAAACCUUUUGACCGGUCCCAUCCCUUCCUCUAUAGGAAACAUGACCAGAUUAAAUACUCUUUAUCUUUGGGGUAAUCAAUUGUCUGGUUUUAUUUCUCUUGAGAUUGGAAACUUAAUUGAAGUUACUGAUCUCAAACUCUCAACAAACCUUUUGACCGGUCCCAUCCCUUCCUCUAUAGGAAAUAUGACUCAGCUAGAAUUCUUAUCACUACAAAUGAACCAGCUCUCUGGCUCAUUCCCUCGAUCGGUUGGUAAGUUAAGCAAACUCAGAGAACUACGUGUAUUUGAUAAUAAGUUGUCUGGAGUGUUGCCUAUGGAGAUGAACAACAUUACUGGACUGACAUACCUGGAGCUGUCAAAUAAUAGCUUCGUCGGUUAUGUACCCCCAAACAUAUGCAAAGGUGGAGUCCUAAAGUACCUCACUCUUGAUACGAACAACUUCCACGGUCCCAUUCCCACGACCUUGAAAAACUGUACAACAUUAGAAAGGGUUCGUCUUGAACACAACCAACUCACCGGAGAUGUAUCUCAAUGUCUUGGAGUGUAUCCCCAUCUUUAUUAUAUGGAUUUGAGCUUCAAUCAACUCUCCGGUACACUCUCACCAGACUGGGCAAGAUGGCACAAUCUGACGCGCUUGAGAAUCUCAAAUAACAACAUCACCGGAGUCAUACCCACCGAGUUUGGGCAGUUGACGAAACUGCAAGAUCUGGACCUCUCUUCCAACUACCUACAAGGAGAGAUCCCAAAGAGAUUCGGCAGCUUAACCCUUCUCUACAAUCUGAGCUUGGGCAACAACCAACUCGUCGGUCAUGUGCCUCUGGAGUUUGGAAUGCUGUCCAAUCUUCGACUGCUUGAUCUCUCAUCCAAUAACUUGGCAGGAAGAAUCCCAGAUCAAUUAGGCAACUGCACGAACCUCGGAUCGUUGAAGCUUAACAACAACAACUUCAGUGGAACCAUUCCUUUGGCCAUUGGUUAUCUGGUGCACCUUCAAGACACCUUUGACGUCAGCCACAACUCACUAACAGGGGAGGUUCCAUCCCAACUCAGCAAAUUGGUGAUGCUGCAAAGCCUGAAUCUAUCGCAUAAUUACUUGUCGGGUCAUCUUCCAACUUCACUAAAGUAUAUGGCGAGCUUGUCUACCGUAGAUGUAUCCUACAAUGAACUGGACGGCCCUGUUCCUGAUAGCCCAGCUUUCCGAAGAGCCCCGGCAGAGUGGUUUGCCCAUAACAAUGAUCUGUGUGGAGUUGUUCGAGGAUUGCCUCCAUGUGUUUCACUCGGUACUCCAACAACAGACGACCGAAGCAAGCGCCACAAAAUUGUUAUAGUAGCCAUCAUUGCUUCUGUGGUCUUCUUCCUUCUCUUGUUUAUAUUCAUUGGAGCAUUCCGCAAGAGAGAAAAAGAUACAGUACCUGUCGAUAAUAAUCACUUCAAAGAAGGUGCAUUCUGUAUAUUGAAUUUUGUUGGAAGAGACGUAUGCAAGGACAUCAUCGAAGCCACCGAAGAUUUCGAUGCCAAAUACUGUAUCGGAAGCGGUGCAUACGGCAGUGUCUACAGAGCAGAGUUAGCGAGUGGGGAACUGCUAGCGGUGAAGAAGAUUCACCUACCAGACACUGAAGGUACAUGCGACGAGCAACCCUUUCAAACUGAGAUACAAACUCUUACUCAAAUUCGACAUCGCAAUAUCGUCAAGCUUUACGGGUUCUGCUCCUCUCCCCGACGCAAAUUUCUGGUGUACGAGUACAUGGAGAGAGGAAGUCUGGGAUCUGUCCUCCGAAGCGACACUGCAGCUGAAUUGGACUGGGUGAAGAGGGUGAGCAUCGUGAAAGAUGUUGCUCGUGCUCUGUUCUACAUGCAUCACGAUUGUGUUCCGCCUAUCGUUCAUCGAGAUAUUACCAGCAACAACAUCCUACUUGAUUCCGAAUUCAAGGCUUGUGUUUCCGACUUUGGAAUUGCUCGACUACUGAAUCAGGAUUCAUCAAAUUGGACCAUGCUUGCAGGCACACGGGGUUACUUAGCACCAG